AUGUCUUUCUAUUCCAAGCAGGAGUAUAAUAUGGAUUCCGAGCUCAAGGAUUAUUAUAACAAAACAUUUGCUGGUGAGAACAAUACUGCUGCUCUUCAGAACUCUGAUUUCCCAGUCUGGGAUGACUAUAAAAGCAGUGUUGAUGACUUGCAAUAUUUUUUGAUUGGACUCUAUACACUUGUAAGUCUUCUUGGUUUUAUGGGGAAUCUACUUAUUUUGAUGGCUCUCAUGAGGAAGCGAAAUCAGAAGACUACAGUCAACUUCCUCAUAGGGAACCUGGCCUUCUCUGAUAUCUUGGUUGUGCUGUUUUGCUCACCUUUCACACUGACCUCGGUCUUGCUGGAUCAGUGGAUGUUUGGCAGGGUCAUGUGUCACAUUAUGCCUUUCCUUCAAUGUGUGACGGUUCUGGUUUCCACUUUAAUUUUAAUAUCCAUCGCCAUUGUCAGGUAUCAUAUGAUAAAACAUCCUGUAUCUAAUCAUUUAACGGCUAACCAUGGCUAUUUCCUGAUUGCCACUGUCUGGACACUGGGUUUUGCCAUGUGUUCUCCUCUCCCAGUGUUUCACAGCCUCGUGGAACUUCAGGAGACCUUUGGCUCGGCAUUGCUGAGCAAUAGGUAUCUAUGUGUCGAGUCAUGGCCAUCUGAUGCAUAUCGAAUUGCUUUCACUAUCUGUUUAUUGCUUGUUCAGUAUAUUCUGCCCUUAGUUUGUCUAACUGUAAGUCAUACUAGUGUCUGCAGGAGUAUAAGCUGUGGAUUGUCCACCAAAGAAAACCACCUGGAAGAAAAGGAGAUGAUCAACUUAACUCUCCAUCCUUCCCAAAAGAGUGGGCCCCAAGUGAAGCUCCCCAGCAGCCAGAAGUGGAGCUACUCAUUCAUCAGGAAGCACAGAAGGCGGUACAGCAAGAAGACGGCCUGUGUGCUGCCCGCCCCAGCCAGGCCACCUCUGGAGAACCGCCCCGGAAGGCUUCUGGAGCACGCGGGCUCCAGGAAGAGUCCGCUCCCUUCAUCCAGUAAGUUCGUACCAGGGGUGCCCACCUGCUUUGAGGUGAAACCGGAAGAAAACUCAGAUGUUCAUGAAAUGAGAGUAAACCAGUCUAUCAUGAGAAUUAAAAAGAGAUCUCGAAGUGUUUUCUACAGACUGACUAUCUUGAUACUAGUGUUUGCGGUGAGCUGGAUGCCUCUACACCUUUUCCACGUGGUGACCGAUUUUAAUGAUAACCUGAUCUCAAACAGACAUUUCAAGUUGGUGUAUUGCAUAUGUCACUUGCUAGGCAUGAUGUCCUGUUGUCUUAAUCCAAUUCUGUAUGGAUUUCUUAAUAAUGGAAUCAAAGCUGACUUAAGGUCUCUUAUACACUGUCUGCAUAUGUCAUAA